AUGUGGUUGAAACUUAUUGAGCGUUUUUCUGCAGUGACAAAAGCUACAAUCUUUCACAUGAAGACAGAGCUUCAGAAUAUCAAGAAAGGGUCUGAAUCUGUUUCUGUUUAUCUUCAAAAGAUUAAAUAUGCAAGGGAUCAUCUUGCUGCAGCUGGAGUACUAUUUGAUGAUGAAGAUAUCAUUAUUCUUGCAUUGAAAGGGUUACCUUCAGAUUUCAACACGUUUCGAUGUGUGAUCAGAGGAUGGGAAAAUGGAAUAUCUCUCAAAGAUUUCAGGUCUCAACUUUUGGCAGAAGAAGCAAUCAUCAAUCAAUCUUUUAACAGUUCUCCUGGUUUGUCCUUUGGUAGUGCUACGGCUGCUGGUAUUCAAUUUGACAAAGGGAAAGCACUUGCUCUUGACCAAGAUCAACCCAAAUCUUUUUCUGAUCAUUCCUUCAAGUACAAUGGAGGACCAAGUUCUGCUAGUCAUAAUCAAGGUUCUGCUCACAAUAAUGGAUCUUUUAACACUUUCAAUGGUGGUUAUCACACUUAUGGUAAAGGGAGUUCUUUCAGAGGCAGAGGGAAAAGCCGCUUUCAAUACAAUUCAAUUCCAAGAUUUUCUAAUGGUAAUCCCGGUAUUCUUGGUACUCCAAAACCAUACCAAUCCUACUGCCCGGAUCACCCAUCAGAAAUCCCCACCUAUCAAAUAUGCAACAAAAAGGGUCAUGUUGCUGCAGAUUGCUUCCAAAGACAUAACAACACCGCCUUGAACUCUCCUAUUCAAUGCCAGAUAUGUUGGAAAUAUGGACAAUCAGCCCUUCAAUGCUACCACAUGAGUAAUUUUGCCUAUCAAGGACGGCCCCCAACUCCUAAUCUCACAGCUAUGCAUGCAAAUCAUCAACCUUCAACACCAACUGAGCAAUUUUGGAUUGCAAAUACUGGGGCUACAUCACACAUGACCUCUGAAUUGACAAACCUAGAUCUAUCUACUCUAUAUCAAGGAUCUGAUACAAUUACUACGGCUAGUGGUGCAGAAUCAUUGGAAACAGUUGCAUCUCGAGCCUCAGAGUCUAUUUCUUUACCUUCACAUGAACACACUGUAGUACAUACACCCAGGGACUUGUCACCAAAUCACAUGCCCUUGUCUAGUGUCCGUACACAGCACCCUAUCCCUGUGGAUCCUGAUUUCCACCCUGAGAGCCUAAGUGUGGUUUUGCCUAUAAAACUGAAUGUUCAUCCUAUGCAGACAAGGUCGAAGAAUGGGGUGUUCAAACAGAAAGUGUUUUUAGCCACAGUUACUUCCGAACCUAAAACAUUUAAAAAUGCAGCACUAAUUCCUGAAUGGUAG